AGAAGACGGAGCCGAGCUGAGCUAAACGGGGGCCAUGUGCGCGCGGGUUGCGUGUUUUGUGUACGAUAUGUAGAACGGAUCGUGAUCUUGCGCGAUUUUGUGCGGACGUUUUGGGUUGUCUGUUGUGAUGACUAGGUCAUUGGGAUCUGUUCUGACACAUGGAACGUGCUGCGGGACCGAUUGCUGCAAAGCGAAAAACUAUCGCAGAUGGAGACGAAAAACUGGUGAAGAAGCCAAAGCCAGAUGACACAAGACUGUCAUCGGCAAUGAAUUCGUCAAACUCAAAAUUACAGCUAUGGCCUGUACUGGCAGACGAGUACCGCCGGAAGGUUGUCACAGUCCCUGUCUAUGUCGGACAAAUCAUCGAUCGCAAAGAGACGUCACGACUCGUGAAAUGGCUUUCCCAGAUGGUACCCUUGGGCGAGCUGCAGCACCUGAAAAGAGUGCGCAGCGCAGCGACAGGAAUACAGAUCAUACUUCGCCCACGCAAACAUGACGACUUGGACAGCGUGAAGACCAUCGAAGAUGUGCUAGAUGCCGACCCAUCCCUUACCAAAGGUCUGUCCAAGGAUGUGAUGGAAGUGGAUGUACCUCAGCAUGCACCGCUGACAAGAUGCCAGUUCGAAGCAUCAAACUCACUCUGGCCAACGCAGUUUCAUGAAGACAAGCUGAUUGCAAAGAUUCUUGGCGGCAACUUUUUUACGGCUAAGGACAAGGAAGACAUGGAAGGGUACAUGAUGUUGGCUAUUGAAGCUGCUCGGAAAGGCCUGGCAGGUGUUGGAGUUGUCGUCGUCAACCCAGACACAUCGACACUGCUAGUCAUAGCGACUGGGGACAAAAAUCAUCCUGUGAAGCAUGCUGUGAUGGUUGCAGUGGACAUGGUUGCUAGGCAUCACGGUGGAGGAGCAUGGCCGCUGAUGGCUGAAAACAUUCUUUGUGAAGUCACACCGCAAGAUCUGGAAGUGGACAAAAAAGCACCUUACCUUUGCACUGGCUACGACUUCUACAUCACUCAUGAACCAUGCACAAUGUGUGCCAUGGCACUGGUUCACUCAAGAGUGCGCCGGGUCUUUUACGGGUGCCCCACGUCACGAGGCGCCUUGGGUUCGCUCCGGAAGCUGCACGUUCAACCUGGCCUCAAUCACCACUUUCAAGUGUGGCGCGGACUUCUGGAGGAACAGUGCGCUGCUCUCUCCGACCGCACUGCGGAAAACUGUGCGGAAGCCGCCGCACCGAGUGCAACUACAGUCAACGACCGCUGAAAUCUUCAGCACGACACAUCGCUUGCUUGGUCCAGUAAAUAAAAAUGGAAACACAUUUACUUUUCAUGUUAA